AUGUUUACAGAAUCUUAUUUUGUUGCUAUAUUGGUUUAUGUUGAUGAUAUACUCCUUGCUUCUAAUGAUUCUGCUGUUUUGCAUACUUUGACUGACUCUUUGAACAACAAGUUUCGUUUGAAGAAUCUUGGUGCCCUCAAAUAUUUUUUGGGACUUGAGGUGGCUAGAUCUCAUCGUGGCAUUUUUUUUAGUCAACGUCAAUAUAUUCUCAACAUUCUACAAGAUUCUGGUUCCCUUGGUUGCAAGCCUCAAUCAACUCCAAUGGAAGCCAACUUAAAACUAUCUUCUGAUUCUGGAGAGCUCCUUUCUGACCCUACUUCUUACAGACGCAUAAUUGGCAAGCUGCUCUAUUUGACAAUCACACGCCCUGAUCUGUCCUUUGCUGUUAAUAAACUCAGCCAAUACAUGUCCGCACCUCGGGUUCCCCACAUGUUGGCUGUACAACGCAUACUUGCUUACCUGAAAUGCACUGCUGGAAAAGGUCUUUUAUUUUCUGCCAAUUCAUCUGUUCAACUUAAUGCCUUCUCUGAUUCUGAUUGGGCUACAUGCCCUGAUAGUAGGAGGUCUGUCACUGGUUAUUGCAUAUUUUUGGGAGAUUCGCUUAUAUCUUGGAAAUCAAAGAAACAGAGUACCGUCUCUCGUUCUUCUGCUGAGGCCGAAUACAGGUCUAUGGCCAAUGUUACUUGUGAACUUCUCUGGCUGUUUAUGUUGCUGAAAGAUUUACAUGUGCCACAUCCUACACCUGCCCAUCUCUUUUGUGAUAAUCAGGCUGCUCUCCAUAUCGCUGCCAAUCCGGUCUUUCAUGAGCGCACCAAACACAUUGAUAUUGACUGCCACAUUGUGAGGGAGCAAAUCAUCAAAGGACGACUUCAAACGUUUGUUGUUCCAUCUGCCCAGCAACUUGCGGAUAUACUGACUAAAGCAUUAUCUCCUGGUUUAUUUUUUUCACUUCUUUCCAAGAUGGGAGUGCUCAAUAUACACUCUCCAUCUUGA